AGAGAGAGAGAGAGAGAGAGAGAGAGAGAGAGAGGGGUGUUGGAUGAUGAACAGUAUGGCAAACAUCGCGGUUCAGCGGAUCAGACGGGAGUUUAAAGAGGUUUUGAAAAGCGAAGAGACGAGUAAGAACCAGAUUAAAAUGGAUUUAGUGGAUGAGAACUUCACUGAACUGAAGGGAGAAAUCGCCGGACCGCCAGACACGCCGUAUGAAGGUGGCAGAUAUCAGUUAGAAAUAAAGAUUCCAGAGACGUAUCCAUUUAAUCCUCCAAAGGUUCGGUUUAUGACAAAGAUCUGGCAUCCCAACAUCAGUUCAGUGACGGGGGCCAUCUGUCUGGACAUCCUGAAGGAUCAGUGGGCGGCGGCCAUGACCCUUAGGACUGUGUUAUUAUCACUACAAGCUCUUCUGGCUGCAGCAGAACCAGAUGAUCCUCAGGAUGCUGUAGUUGCCAAUCAGUAUAAACAGAAUCCAGACAUGUACAAGCAGACGGCUCGACUCUGGUCUCACGUUUACGCUGGAGCGCCACUCUCCAGUCCAGAAUACACCCGUAAAAUAGACAAACUCUGCGCUAUUGGCUUUGAUAAAAACGCUGUUAUAGUGGCGCUGUCGUCAAAAUCCUGGGACGUGGAGACGGCAACAGAACUGUUGCUAAGCAACUGAUGGGCCAAAGCACCUUAUCUGCCCCCCCACACACUCACACACACAUCCAUACACACCUGCUCACCCCUCCUCUCUCUCUCUCUCUCUCUCUCUCUCUCGACAUGUGUUCUGUUAACAUGGACUCUCAGUGAAAGGUGAUUUAUACUGCUGUCCAUCAAGAAUCUGAAAUCUCAUUGGCUGUCAUGUUUAUUCAGAUCUGCUGAAUUGUGAUUGGUCACAUAAUAUGCAGAAGCCUUGAUCAAUAAUCUUGAAGGUGGUCUUACUGGACUGAGUCUUUUUUUUCUUUAAAUCAUUCAUUACUUUAUUUGAAUAGCAAAAAUGAAAAGCAUUUGUCAUGUUUUCAUAGAUUUCUCUUGCUCUCUCUUUCAUUCUCUUGUCUUUUUUUCACUGGUUUUGUUUGUUUGUGCUUGACUUCACGCAGCGAUGCGCUGACCGAUGGACGUGUGAUAUCAGAGUAUCACUAGAGCGGUCAAACCCUUCCAUGAUCUUCAUCUGAAUAUUCUUAAGAUCUGAACUGUGAUGUGACUGUAGCCCCGCCUCCUCACACACUCAGCCAAUCAGCACUGUGGUUUAACCCCCCCACACAGUCAUUGGCUGUCUGAAGUUAGGGUUGAAAAGAGAAGAUGGUUCACAGUGACUUCAUCUGUAAAUAAAGAGAUUCAAGUCUGUAUAAAUUAAAGCAAUGUGGUGAUUAUUUAUUAUGACGAGUGAAAUAAACAACAGUUUCAUGGUC